GACACAAUUUGUGUGCUCGUUACAGUGUAUCAUGUAGGGUAAGGUGUAGCAGGACGAUUAAUUAAUGUUAGCUCUAUACUCCAGUAUAUCAGGGAAAUUUCGUUUUUCUCUGUUUAGAUAGUUCAACCACUGCCGCGUGUUGAGACAGUAGUGCGCUUUGAGGGCGCUCCGUGUUUUCAAAGCCCGAAAUAGUCGCUGUCAGGACUACUGUUUUGUUGAUGUCAUCCGCGGCAGAGCUGUAGCGACCUUCAAUUUCAAGACAAGACCGGGAUAAACAAAGACUCGUUUUUGGCUGUCAUUUCGCCUUUUGUUUUGUGUGUCUUCUGUUCGUGACACCAUCACCGAGGAUGGGACUUUUGCUGCCCUUUCUCCUGCUGUUAUCUGUUUCCACUUUCACAGCCGGUGUAGAUUUUCAGCAGGGAUCCAAACCCUUCGGACAGUCGCUUUUCGUGAAGCGUUCAUACAUUGAGGAGAAAGCGUCGAGAAUCGUCAAGCGGUCUCUGCCUGCAUGGCUGGCGGCAUCGCCGAACCACAAGAUAAAACGGAGAAGUGUUGAGCUGGGCGAUUCCUGCAAAGCUCUGCAAGGAUAUGACACCAAGUUAGCAGACAACACCCACCGUUAUUCCUUCAAUGACCUGAGUGGGUCCGUGUCGCUGGCCUGGGUUGGAGAUGGCACAGGGGUCAUUCUGGCUCUGACUACAUUCCAGAUCUUUCCCUUCUUCAUGUUGAAAUUUGGACAGUCCAAACUCUAUCGGAGCGAGAACUACGGGAAGUCAUUCCAGGAUGUGACUGAGCUCAUCAACAGCACCUACAUCAGAUCAGAGUUUGGAAUAGCUAUCGGGCCGGAGAACUCUGGGAAAGUCCUCCUGACAGCAGAGGUGUCCGGAGGUCUUGCGACUCGGAUCUUCGUGUCGGAGGACUUUGGGAAGAGCUUCACUCAACAGGACUUGCCCUUCCUCCCCAUGAUGCAGAUGACAUACAACCCGUACGACUCCAACGUGCUGCUGGUCCUCAGCAACAGUUAUGAACUUUGGCUAUCUGAAGAUUUCGGCAGCAACUGGAAGAAGCUGCAUGACAUGGUGUGUCUGGUGAAAUGGGGAAGGAAAAAUUCCAUCUUCUUUACAACCAGCCUCAACGGAUCCUGCAGUGAACGGGGGAUGCUCGAGCUGAAGAGGACUACCGACUAUGGCAAAACCAUCAAGACUGUCGCCACUAAGAUCUACUCAUUUGGUCUGGGCGGACGUUUCCUCUUUGCCUCAGUAAUGACAGGCAAGGGAACCCUGAGGAUGAUCUACGUGUCAGUGGAUCACGGCGAGACGUGGAACAUGGCCCAGCUGCCACCCGUGGGUCACGAGCAGUUUUACUCUAUCCUGGCAGCGAACGAUGAAAUGGUUUUCAUGCAUGUAGACGAGCCAGGAGACACAGGUUUUGGUACCAUCUAUGUAUCAGAUGACCGGGGCACCGUGUACUCCAAGUCACUGGAGCGCCACCUUUACACCACCACGGGAGGUGAUACAGACUUCACCAACGUCACCUCCCUGCGAGGAGUUUUCAUCACCAGCGUCCUAGCAGAAGACAGCUCGGUGCAGUCUGUCGUGUCCUUUGAUCAGGGAGGGGAAUGGGUUCCCCUGCAGAAACCUGCCAACACUAAGUGUGAUGCUACAGCCAAAGACCCAGACAAGUGCAGUCUUCACAUCCACGCAGCCUACAGCACUGCCAUGAAGCUGAACAUCCCCAUGCUGCCUCUGAGUGAGCCAAACGCUGUGGGUCUCAUCUUAGCUCAUGGGAGUGUGGGUGAUGCCAUCUCAGUGAUGAAGCCUGACGUGUAUGUGUCUGAUGACGGGGGCUACACUUGGAUAAAGGCCCUCGAUGGGCCCCAUCACUAUGCCAUCCUGGACUCUGGAGGGCUCCUGGUUGCGGUAGAGCAAAGCACCAACCAACCUAUUGACAAGAUCAAAUUUUCUACCGAUGAAGGACAGUGCUGGGGUGUGUACACGUUCACUAAAGAACCCCUCUACUUCACUGGUCUGGCCUCAGAGCCGGGAGCUCGCUCCAUGAACGUCAGUAUCUGGGGCUACAGAGACUCCCUCCUCAGCCAGUACUGGAUCUCCAUCACCAUCGACUUCAGGGAACUUCUCACCAGAGACUGUGAAGAUAAGGACUAUGUGCAGUGGUUGGCGCACUCUGAUGACAUCAGUGACCCUAACGACGGCUGCAUGCUGGGUUACAAAGAGAAGUUUCUGCGUCUCAGGAAGGAUGCGGUCUGCUGGAAUGGACGAGAUUACCAGGUCGACACCCAGCCGAGCCCGUGUCGCUGCACGCUGGAUGACUUCUUGUGUGACUUUGGAUUUUACCGUAAAGAGAACAGCUCAGAGUGUGUGGAGCAGCCGGACCUGAAGGGCAAAGUGCUGGAGUUCUGUCUGCAUGGGAAAGAGGAGCAGCUGCAGACCAGUGGCUACAGGAAAAUCCCUGGGGAUAAAUGUGAGGGGGGGCAGAUGCCUGAGCGUAAAGAGAUCGACCUCAGCAGGAGGUGUGUGAGCGACCUGAUUGGUCCAGAACUGACGGUCGACAACCGCACCUCCAAGUCCGUCCCCAUCGUGAUAACAGUGAUCAUCAUCAUGCUGCUGAGCGUUGCAGCAGGAGUGGUCUUUGUAAAGAAAUAUGUGUGUGGUGGCAGGUUCUUGGUUCACAGGUACUCUGUGCUACAGCAGCAUGUUGAAGAUAAUGCUGCCGAGGGGAAUGAUGACCCGCUGGAGACCAACCACACUCAAAACGGCAAGAUCGAGUUUCAUGAUGACUCAGACGAGGACCUGCUCGAAUAACCGGCACAACCUAUUGUGCAAGUGAGCAACAAGUCUCCAACCCACCUCGUGGCCGGCUUCCGUUUAAGUCCUUCUUUUGUCUCCAGCUACUUCUUCCAUUCACCUCCUGGUUUGUAUUUAGGCCUAAGCAUACAGACGAAGAGUCUGUGUCUCUCUGCUGUCAUCUUUGAAGAAUAAUGAAUGUACGGAGGCUCACUGGGAUCAAUGUCCCCGCUCAGAAGAAUUAUGAAGGUGGUCUUGUUCUGUUUGCUCUUGCUCUUUUUACUGAACUGAGUUAUUUAUUUGAAGGGAAUGAAGAACUGAUGCAGUCAUUUGAGCUGCUGACAAAGCCAGAGUAAUGGGGGUUUGAAGCGAGGCUAGUUGUCUAAAUCUGUCACUGUUGCAUUCAGGGUUCUGCUUCUUCAAUUACCUGGGAGUGCUUCUGCAAAUAAUUCCCGCCUCUGUUGAAGAUCUGUGUCCCUUUCUCCUCAUGCACUUGUACAUAACCCAUUUGUUGCCAUCAUUGAUGUGGUAUCAAUUUGGUUGGUGUUGAAAAGGUCGCUGUCGGUAGCUGGUUUUAAAGCUCUCCCAAACCACAGUCUUACUUCCUACUUUUAAGUAUUUGUUGGGAAAAAAUUGUGCCCCACUUCUAACCUACAAACAAUCGUUUGUACAUUUGAGCUUUUUAGCCCUCUCCUCCUUUGGGAACACAAGUUUUUUUUAAAUCCCCUUUUGUAAUCUGUAUUUGGAAUAUAAGCCUGCAUAUUGUGUCCCUCCACUGCAUCAAGACUCAAUAAGAUGCGAGUGGAAAUGUCAAUUUGCACCAGGUUUAAUAGCAAUAACAUCUUUACACUGAGCGUAUGGUCCAUGCACGUCUAACCAGACUUUACGAAGAUCUCUGAUGUAUGCAGUGGCACAUAAACAAUAAUGUAAAGGUUUGGACAAAUGUGUGUAAGGACAGAAUUUGCUCAGAACAUUGUCUAAAGCACAAAGUCCUUUGUAUGUUUAAUGUUUCUAUUUGAACAUUUUUUCCUAAAUGUGAGUCCAACACUUAACGUGAUGAAACGGUCCAAAUCACUGUCGUCAGAAGUUGUGUUGGUAAUGAUUUAGUUUUUGUGCUAAGCAAUGUUUGGACUACUGUAACAAAGGACUAGUUAUGUUUCAAAGACACUCCGAAAUGACAAAUGAUUCUAGUUUGAUAGGAAAUAUCUACGAUUAUAUUUUACAUCCUAUUCUUCAGUGUAAUUUCAUGGCAGCACAGGAGCAGUGCUGAGAAAGCAAUUUAGUUAUGUAAAUGUUGUAUAAAGCAUUAUGAACACUUUGGACUAUUAGGAGAUUAAAAAACAUGGCUGCAGAAGUUGCAACACUGUUUUUGUGUUGUAAUUUACGUCUGACGUGGAGAAAAUCUUUUUGAAAUGAUAGAAAGUUCCCCAUCUGUGUUUUUCACAGUAAACUGCUGUUUCUUUUGAAUCCUCCUGAUACUCAGUUCAUUCACUAGCUGUGGUUCUCGCAAUACAUCUGUCUGCUUUAUAUUAUGACGUCUUAAAGGUGUUUCUUUUCUUUUAAAGUUUUAUUGCACAAUUAUUUGUCUACUGUGUGUUAAAUAAGUUGCUUUCAUAAAGGAUUUAUUUAUUCAUGACUAGCGGGUUCAGAGUGCAGUCAAUUGGAUGUGGUUAUACAAGUGCCUGGUGUGAGGAUACGAUGUGAUGCCCUCCCAGUGUGUGGCCAGCACCUUUUUACUGCUAAAUAUUUCUAUCAAAUUCUGUGCUACCAGCCGCAUCCAGUUUGUCAGUGACAUCCUGAAGUUGCACUUAUUGCCUGAGAUGAAUCCUCGAGCUGUGAAGGAAAGGCUAGUUUCAUAGGAGCUCCCAUUGAGAUGCAUGUUAACUUCACAUUAUUUAAACCCACUGAGCUUUAGCUCACACGUCAACUCAAAUGGAAAACACAGAUUGGAUACAGGGUUAUAAUGUAGCUGCUGCUUUACACUGGGAGACGCUAGGCCAAUUCUUAUUUAAAGAUUUAUUGCAUUAAGUGAAGUUACACUUUUUUCUUACAAUUGAAAACUGCUGUGUAAAUGAAUAAUCAUUGUGAUGGUUCUGUAAAUAUACAAGGCUACAUCUUUGUAUCUGCUCUGUUUCUCUCUUCUGUAUAUUUGACGCAAUUUUCUUUGGGGUUUCCAAUAAAUUCAUAUGUUCCUCUA